GAAGCUUCUCGCUUUUUCCAUCUUUCGAUGGCGCUCCACGCCUCCCCACUCCACUCCAGCAUCGCGUCGUUUCGCUCAAGAAAAGCUCCGACAACACUUUACCGCCGGGUCGAUCCUAUCGCCAUGAAGCAAAGCGCACAGAGAGAGAGAGAGGGAGACAGCUGCGUCUUCUCGACUCAGCCGCCCUCUCUAAUGGCGGCGGGGCCCACCCGCAAAGAGGUAAUUACUUAGCGACUUCCCGCGAUAUAAAUGGCACGCGUUCGUGUUGUGCGUUGUCAAGAAAUGGGAUGCUUGCUUCUUUCACUCGAUAAAAUGAACUGAGCGAGGCCAUUUCAAGUGGUGGAAAGAGGAUAUGGCGACGUCUUUCUUUGUCAAGAGGUUUUCUAUGACUAGAUGGUUCUUGUUCCUGGUGGCCUUGUUCCAGAACAUCAAAGGAAAUUUCUCUGAUUCCAAUUAUUUAAUUGGCCUUGGGAGCUAUGAUAUAACAGGGCCUGCUGCAGAUGUUAAUAUGAUGGGAUAUGCAAACAUGGAUCAAAUUGCAUCUGGACUUCACUUUAGAUUGCGGGCUCGGACUUUUAUUGUUGCAGAACCUCAAGGGAAUCGUGUAGCAUUUGUAAAUCUUGAUGCAUGUAUGGCUUCACAGAUCGUGACUAAUAAAGUACUCGAGAGACUAAAAGCAAGAUAUGGGAAUCUUUAUACUGAAGAGAAUGUUGCAAUUAGUGGAAUUCACACUCAUGCUGGACCAGGAGGCUAUCUCCAAUAUAUUGUAUAUAUAGUGACAUCACUCGGAUUUGUAAGGCAGUCAUUUGAUGCUCUUGUUGAUGGGAUUGAGAAAAGCAUUAUACAAGCUCAUGAAAAUCUUCGGCCAGGGAGUAUUUUUGUCAAUAGAGGAGAGCUUCUUGAUGCUGGUGUUAACCGAAGUCCCAGUGCUUAUCUCAAUAAUCCUGAGGCUGAACGGAAGAAAUACGAAUACAAUGUCGACAAAGAAAUGACUCUUAUAAAGUUUGUAGAUGAUGAAUGGGGUCCUGUUGGUAGCUUCAACUGGUUUGCAACACAUGGAACUUCAAUGAGUCGAACUAACUCCCUAAUUAGCGGUGACAACAAAGGAGCUGCAGCACGAUUCAUGGAAGACUGGUUUGAGAAGAAUAAUUCUUUGAAAGGCUUUGGAGGUGCACGUCUUAAUGACUCUAGAACAGAUAGGAUACCUAGAAGAGUCUCAUGCCUCUUUUCUGACCAAACACAUAUGAAGAAGACGCUUGCUGGUUCGCUCCACUCUUCUCGACGAAGACCUAUAAUGAGAUCGUUGCGUGACACAAGGAGAGUGAGGAGUGCCUCAAGGAAGGAUGAUAGGCCAAAGUUUGUCUCUGCAUUCUGUCAAACAAAUUGUGGCGAUGUUAGCCCGAACAUUCUUGGUUCAUUUUGCAUCGACUCUGGACUGCCUUGUGAAUUCAAUCAUAGCACUUGCAAUGGAAAGAACGAGUUGUGCUAUGGACGGGGGCCAGGAUAUCCUGAUGAAUUUGAGAGCACACGCAUAAUAGGAGAAAGGCAAUUUGAAAAGGCUGCAGAACUCUUUGAUGAAGCGUCGGAGCAGCUGAUAGGGCAGAUCAGAUAUAAGCAUGCUCAUGUGGAUUUCUCUAACAUUGAGGUUACAGUUCCUAAACCUGGUGGAGGCACUCAGGUGGUUAAAACAUGUCCUGCCGCAAUGGGCUUUGCUUUUGCUGCUGGAACAACUGAUGGCCCUGGAGCUUUUGAUUUCAAGCAAGGCGAUGAUAAGGGUAAUCCCUUUUGGAGGCUGGUAAGGGAUUUGUUGAAAACACCUGGUCAGGAGCAGAUUGACUGUCAGCAUCCAAAGCCUAUUCUACUUGACACUGGAGAAAUGAAGGAACCAUAUGACUGGGCGCCUUCAAUACUUCCUCUACAGACUCUGCAAAUAGGGCAACUAGUACUUCUUGCCGCACCUGCAGAGUUCACAACUAUGGCUGGUAGACGCCUGCGCGAUGCUGUCAAGAUGGUGCUUGCUUCUAGAGCGGACAAGUUUGAUAGUAAUGUCCAUGUCGUCAUCGCAGGGCUUUCCAACACUUAUUCUCAGUAUGUUACCACAUUUGAGGAAUAUCAAGUGCAGAGAUACGAGGGCGCCUCUACUCUUUACGGUCCCCACACUCACAGUGCCUACAUUCAGGAGUUCAAGAAAUUAGUCGAAGCUCUCACCACUGACAAAACCAUGGAACCAGGUCCGGAACCACCGGAUCUCCUUGACAGGCAAAUAAGUUUGCUCCCCCCAGUUAUCUUGGAUGCAACGCCUCCCGGUGUGAACUUUGGAGACGUUAAGGCUGAUAUCCCCCUGAUCCACCUUCAAAGAGGAGAUUUAGUAAGAGUCACUUUUUGGUCUGCUUGUCCUAGAAAUGACCUGAUGACUGAGGGCACUUUCGCACUGGUAGAGUUUCUUCAGGAUCAGAAGGCAUGGAUCCCAGCCUACGAUGACGACGAUUUCUGCUUGAGGUUCAUAUGGUCAAGGCCUGUGAAACUGAGCCCUAGGAGCCAUGCAACUAUAGAAUGGAGGGUCCCUACUUCAGUUGUUCCAGGAGUUUACAGAAUCCGACACUUUGGUGCUGCAAAGUCGCUGUUUGGGAACAUCCAGCAUUUCGCCGGUUCAUCUACUGCCUUUGUGGUGGCAUAGUGUUGUUGAAGGCACGUUACUAUCGUAGCUAAAUAAGCAAAGGAAAAAAAUAUGUUUCAUUGUAUCUGAUCAAUGCAUUCAUAGUAAAUUAAGGUUGGUAUUGUAUAGGUUUUUGCUGAAAUGACGGUGAAGCUUUUCAGUGUGGGAUGAUAAAUGAAUCCACGAAUGGCAGCUUUGUGUAGGAUAUGGAAUAUGAUGUCGUUGGCCCUUUAUGAACUGGGGGAAAGAAGAAGAAUAUGAUGGUGGAGGGAAGCCAAGAGGGUGAUAUAGUUGGUGAUUUCGGUUGUGUUUUUCUCACCUAUAUUGAUUCCCCGACUUCACUGA